UUCUCUCGAUUUAUCUCUCCUCCUCUGACCUAUCCACUUCUCUCUCUUCUAUAAAUAACACAGGACCUCUGCCUUGCUAUCCUUCUUCCAUUCUCCUCAUCUAGCUUAACCUCUAUUCGAUCUCUUAUAUGUGAAGACUGUUCUCAUUCGCGAGUGGAGCUCUACAGUCAAGAUCUUCUUAUUGCAACAGCACAACGCGUCUGAUCUGCAGGCUUUUGUUGGUUGAGAUCGAAGAGACAUGAAUCACUGUGCGAUCCAACAAAACGCCUGUGCAACCCGUGAGGACUACAGGGGCUCCAUGGCGUCCGUUGUGUGCCCUAAACCACGACGUCUAGGUCUCUUGAACGCCAGCGUUACCGACCACCACACCGUCAGGUCCCUCAGAUGGCACCGCCACCAAGUGGAGCUUUGCGAUUCAAAAUCCGGAAAUGAUAUUUUGGACAUCCUUGCAAAGGGUGGUCAUGGUGUGGAACUGUCUUCACCAACACAAGUUGUCUCGUCGCCCCCCUUUUUUUGUGGGUCACCUCCGAGCAGAGUAGCUAACCCUUUAAUACAAGAUGCUCGAUUUGGGGAUGAAAAGAUCAACCCACUCUUGCCGUUAUCAGUACAGUCUUCUCCAUCAUCUGCAAGGAAUGGAGGUUGUAUUCGGGCAAAUUUUGAAAGCAAUCCAGCUGUGAGAAUCGAGGGGUUUGAUUGCUUGGAUAGGGAUAGGCGAAAUUGCAGGAUCCCUGCACUUGCUUAGAACCCAUUUCUUUCACGCAAGUAUAUAGUAACUAAUGGAUACCACUAGGGGAAUUUUGAAAUUCUCAAUAGGAGGGAAACAAGGGAGAUCCUUUGAUGGUGUAAAUAUGUUUGAAGGGUUCUCUGUUUACGUAAAUCACGUGUAAGUAAAUGAAAUGUUCUUCAAAAUAAGAAGAUGAGUUUGUAGGUUUGGAGGAGUAGGUAUAAAAAAGGGGGAUUGGUUUGGGCUGGGAAAACAGUCUCAAUCCAGCCACUAAUGUAAGUAUCCACUCCACUGUCAAGUGAGGACGGUGGUUUUCUUGGUUUUGUUUUGCUUGUAACACCUUGGAAGUUCAAUGAGCGGCUUCUCUUCAAAAUUUAUACAAAAGCCAAGUUGCUCUUGAGCCAUCAGAGUAGUGAUUUCUAGUGUAAAUAAACAUUCUGUGUUUUUGUUCUACU